AUGUUCCAAGGUUUUAUGAAUAAUAGCAAUUCUACAGACAAGCUGUUGGAUUACAUCGAUGAGCAAAAGGAGCAAAUAUCUCGUUAUGAAUCUAGACUUCGAGAUGUAAUUCGGGCAUACAAAAGUUUAGCCAAGGAAAAAGAGGCUCUCGAACGUUCAGUUAAAGUCCUCAGUCAUCGACAUAAUGAGAGACAGCAAAUGACUCCGACUUCGGAGGAAGCUAGCGAUCAAGAAAUAGCAAAAGGUAAUGAAGACGAAAUCGAUGGUAUCCUUAACGACAGUGAAGAAAGCAUAACUCCAAGAGGAAAUAAGGCAAGCUCAAUAGACAUUAUCCAAGUGGACGGUGAUGUAGUUCCAAAAUCUGAGGUUACAAAGCUAUCUGAACAGUUAGCAACAUUAAGUUCAUCAUUAGUAACUGUUUCUGAAGAGAAAGCGAAAAUAUCUGCUCGUUUUCAAGCUGAUAAAAAGCUGCUAUUGCGUGAAAUGGAACAAAAAACUGAAGAAUGCAAUAGAGUCGUAGAAGAAAAGGAUAAGCAUAUUAGUCAUGUAGAAGAUCAAUUACACGAAGUACGACAACGCUUAAAGCAAACACUUCAAGAACGGGAUGAAGAAAUGAUUACGCAUACAGAAGUAAUAAAGGAACUACAGCAAAUACUUGAAAAUGAACGCCAGAUAAAAGAUGAACAGAAAAAACAGAUUGAACACCUAGAGAAUCAACUAACUGUAAUGAAAGAUUCAAAAGAUGAAACGUAA